CGUGCGCAGCCAUUUCAUCGAACAUUCAGUAGAAACAAAAUCUUGAGUUACGUUGUCAGUUGCAACUGCGACAAAUUUCCUGUGAUUUCAAUAAUAUUUACAAAUAUCCAAACGUAAAUAUGUCCGAAGCUUUCUUUGACGAGUACGACUACUACAACUUCGACCACGACAAGCACAUCUUCUCCGGACACAGCGGCAAGCAGCGCACCAAGAAGGAGGUCAACGAGCACACCAACCACUUCGACCCGUCCGGCCAUUCCAGAAAGAUCGUCACCAAGCUCAUGAACACAGAGAACAACAAGAAGACGAACCACAAGCAUUAGAUGGAGCGUUGAACCUGAGGACUAUGGCUUGUAAAAGGACUAUCGAUAUGCCGAGCGAAAGGAGGACUUUAUGGCGGAUCCCGGAGGAGGGCUCCGGCCGCCACUCGUCUCAGAGAUCGAUGGAGCAUCCACGGCGGUUCCUGCUGACGCAGGGCUUCUACCUGGCGCACCACACCAGCAGGAUACGAAGCAGAGCCAGGGCGCAGCGCCCCAGGUGAGCUCUGCCGCCUGGACCCAACACCGUUCCACCACUGAUCUCAACUCUUAUUAUUAUUUGAGCUUGUUGUAAAGCUCACAACUGCUGUGUUAUUAUUCCUAGUUAGAUUAUUAUGAUUCUGUAUCUUUCCUGAGGUAGGUACUUGAAGGACUGUAAUAAUUUAAGGCAAAUAAAAAUUAUAGUUAAGAAGUA